GAGAGAGAGAGAGAGAGAGAGAGGGAGGGGAGAAAAAGAGAGAGAGGGAGAGAGAGAGAGAGAGAGAGACGCCCUUUCCAAGGGUUCCUCCUCCGAGCGCAGCCCCACACGCCUGCAAAAUGGCACAGAAAAACACAGCGAGGAACCGGCGAGACAGGAACAGUUGGGGAGAGUUUUCAGAGGGAAGUUUCAGCUGGCCAUCAGAAGAUGAACCUGUGGAGAAAGCUCGACCCGUUCAGAUUCUUGUCGUUAACGAUGACCACACAUUUGAACUGGAUGAAGAGGCUCUAAAUAAGAUCCUUCUCUCAGAUGAAGUUCGAGAUCGGGAAGUGGUAGCUUUAUCAGUCGCAGGUGCCUUCAGAAAAGGAAAGUCGUUCUUGAUGGAUUUCAUGCUGAGAUACAUGUACGGCCAGGAGCUGAACACUUGGCUAGGUCACUACGAUGAACCCUUGACUGGUUUCUCCUGGCGUGGAGGAUCAGAGCGUGAAACGACUGGGAUUCAGAUAUGGAGUGAGGUGUUUCUGGUUGACAUACCCAGUGGAGAGAAGGUUGCGGUUCUGCUGAUGGACACGCAGGGGACAUUUGACAGCCAGUCGACCAUCAGAGACUCAGCCACAGUAUUUGCACUUAGCACCAUGAUAAGCUCAAUGCAGGUGUACAACUUGUCACAAAAUAUUCAGGAGGAUGAUCUCCAACAUCUACAGCUUUUCACCGAGUAUGGUCGAUUAGCCAUGGAAGAAACAUUCCAGAAACCAUUUCAGUCACUUAUAUUUUUAGUCCGUGAUUGGAGCUUUCCUUAUGAAUUCAACUAUGGUCUUGACGGAGGCACGAAAUUCCUGGAAAAACGUCUUAAGAUUUCAGAAAACCAGCACGAGGAGCUGCAGAAUGUCAGGAAACACAUUUACUCUUGUUUCACAAACAUUUCUUGCUUUCUGAUGCCACACCCUGGGCUGAAAGUGGCCACCAAUCCCAACUUUGACGGACGACUGAAAGAGGUAGAUGAAGAUUUUAUAAUACAGCUAAAGGUUCUGGUUCCCUGGCUUCUUUGUGCUGAGAAUCUUGAGGUGAAAGAAAUCAAUGGAAAUAAAAUAACCGGUCGAGGACUUGUGGAAUAUUUCAAGGCAUACAUAAAGAUCUAUCAAGGAGAGGAGCUACCACACCCCAAGUCCAUGUUACAGGCAACAGCAGAGGCUAAUAAUCUAGCAGCUGUAGCAGCAGCCAAGGAUCUGUACAGCAAGCAAAUGGAGGGGGUUUGUGGAGGGGAUAGACCAUUCCUCGCACCCAAUGAUCUCCAAAACAAACACUUGGGACUCAGGGAACAAGCCAUCAAAUUAUUUUGUGGAGUUAAGAAGAUGGGUGGAGAGGAAUUUAGUCGUCGUUAUUUGCAACAACUAGAAAGUGAAAUCGACGAGCUGUACAUAAAUUACAUAAAACACAACGAUAGUAAGAACAUAUUCCAUGCUGCUCGCACACCUGCCACUCUGUUUGUGGUCAUAUUUAUUAUGUAUGUAAUAGCUGGAGUGACGGGCUUCAUUGGAGUGGACAUUAUAGCUAGUCUGUGCAACAUGGUAAUGGGGCUGGCUCUGAUUACUCUGUGCACUUGGGCGUAUAUUAGGUACUCUGGAGAAUACAGAGAGCUUGGAGCCGUCAUAGACCAGGUAGCGGGAGCCUUAUGGGACCAGGGAAGUACCAAUGAGGCUCUUUUCAGGCUGUACGAUGCUGCUACAAGCCACAGACACGUAUAUCACCACACCUUUCCUGCUGCACAGACAGAAACCAACAAAGACACAGGGAAGAAAAAAUGAUUUAUCUGAAUUCCCUGGCUGUACAGCCGAACAAGCUGUUCAUUCAUUAUUAUGUGCAUUCCCAUUUCACUAACUCAAGAAGUGCUGUUUAAAUGGAAAAAAGCUAAAGGUAGCUUGUAAAUGCUGGAGAAGCAAUGAAACCAUGUAUCAACAAUGAACACUGCAGGCUUUCACAUAUACUUCUGUUGCAAAUUGUACUGUGCAGAUGUGCUGGUUUGCAUGAUUUUGUUAACUGUGUUGAUAUGUACGAGUCAAAUGUUCUUCCAUCAAGAAAGUACAAUUAAUUUUUUUAAAAAAUCAUUUCAAACAUUGUUUUCCCCAAUCAAAAGUACAUUUGUUGUCUUCCACAAUAAUUUAGUCUAAUUUCUGCAUUGUAAAUUUAAAAUGUUUGAUAUUUAUUGAACGUUAAAGUUUAAAACAUGUUUUCUUCAAUUUCACUGUCCUAAUAGAUCACAAUACAGUAUUGUUUUUAAAACUACAGUUCUGCUCACAGAUACACUCGAAUGUGUUCACAUACACACACAAUAAAACAUUUUGUUUUAUUACCUUA